AUGAGGGUUGAGCAGGAGAUCUUACUUGUACAAAGGAAGAUGUCUGACCUUGAGUCAGUAUUGCAGCAGAAGGACAUUGAGUUGAAGGCAUCAGAGACUCAAAGGACCAUCCUUGAACAGGACUUGGCAACCUACAUUACAGAAUGCAGUAGUCUGAAACGUAGUUUGGAACAAGCUCGUACAGAGGUAACGCAGGAAGAUGACAAAGCUUUGCAGCUCCUCCAUGACAUCCGCGAGCAGAGUAACAAGCUUCAGGAAAUCAAAGAACAGGAAUAUCAUGCCCAGCUGGAAGAGAUGCGAGUUUCCAUUCGGCAACUGGAGGAGGACCUGUCAGCCGCUCGUCGUCGUAGCGACCUGUACGAGGCCGAGUUGAAAGAGUCUCGGCAAAGCAGCGAGGAACUGAAGAGGAAGGCUAGCGACUAUCAACAUCGAUUGCAAAAGGCCAGAGAGCAAGGAAAAGCAGAGGCAGAUGAGCUCAUCACCAGGCUGGAAAAGACCAAUUCAGAGCAGCAGACGAAGCUCCAUGAUCUUCAAGAGAAGCUUGCCAAGGCAUUAAAAUCCAAUUCUGAAGCUACAGACCAUCUUCAUACCAUGAAGAUGGCCAAAGAGCGCAUGGAAAGAGAUCUAGAGAGGCUCCAGAACAAGGAGGACUCCAGUGAUAGUCUGCGAAGACGACUCCGUGAGACUGAGGAUGGUAGAAAGACACUGGAGAACCAGGUGAAAAGACUUGAGAUUGUUGAGCGCCGCGAGACCAAAAUGAAGGACGACAUCCAAAGCAAAGGCCAGCAGAUUCAGCAGAUGGCAGAUAAGAUUCUGGAGCUUGAAGAAAACCUGCGAGAUUCCCAAGCAACAGCACAACGACUGGAAACGCAUCUGAAGCAGAAGGAGAAGCUGUAUGAAGAUAAAAUUAAGGUGCUGGAAUCGCAGAUGAAGGCGGACAUGGCUGAUAAAGAAAUGUUGGAGUCCAGUCAAAGCAAAUAUGAGGAGGAGGUGCGGGAGAAAUGCAGCAUCAUCAGUGACCAGAAGGCGACUAUAAAUGCAAUGGAAUCCAAGAUGAACAGUCUGGAGCAAAGAAUUGCAGAGUUGUCUGAGGCGAACAAACUCGCAGCUAAUAGCAGCAUCUACACUCAGAAAAAUAUGAAAGCCCAGGAAGAGAUGAUCUCAGAGCUUCGCCAACAGAAGUUCUACUUGGAGUCUCAGGCUGGGAAGCUGGAAGCCCAGAAUGCAAAACUUGAGGAACAUUUAGAGAAAACAAGUCAUCAGGAGCACACACACAAGAGUCGAGUCUUAGAGUUGGAAACCAGGCUCAGAGAGAUUGGACUGGAGCACGAGGAACAGAAGCUGGAAAUCAAGCGACAGGUGACAGAGGUAACACUGUCAUUGCAGGAGCGUGAAGCACAGAUCAACAACCUACAGGCGGCUCGCCGUGCCUUGGAGAGCCAGCUGCAACAUGCCAAGACUGAGCUAGAAGAGACCACCGCUGAGGCUGAGGAGGAGAUCACUGUGCUGAGAGCACACAGAGAUGAGAUACAACGCAAGUAUGACGCUUUAAGGGACAGCUGUGCGGUAAUCACUGACCUGGAAGAGCAGCUGACGUCACUGACCCAAGAGAAUGCUGAGCUUAACCGUCAGAACUUCUACCUGUCCAAGCAGCUAGACGAAGCCUCUGACGAGAGGGAAGACCGAAUACAGCUCAGCCAGGAUGUGGACCAGCUGCGUCGGGAGGUGGCUGACAGGGAGAUGCACCUUAACAACCAAAAACAGAAUCUUGAGACACUAAAGACCACAUGCACCAUGUUGGAAGAGCAAGUUAUGGAACUAGAGACCUUAAAUGAUGAGCUUCUGGAGAAGGAGCGGCAGUGGGACGCCUGGAGGGCAACACUUGAUGAGGAGAAGAGCCAGGCGGAGAGGAGGACAAGAGAGGUCCAACGAAUGCUGGAAACGGAAAAACAGAACCGACUCCGUGCUGAGCAGCGCAGCUCUGAGUCUCGUCAGGCUGUGGAACAGGCCGUAAAGGAACACAAAGCCGAGAUGUUGGCGCUGCAGCAGAUUCUCAAAGACCAGAAACUCAAAGCUGAGAGUCUUGCAGACACUUUGAAUGAUCUGGAGAAGAAACAUGCCAUGUUGGAGAUGAAUGCACGUAGUUUGCAGCAAAAGCUGGAAAGUGAGAGAGAUCUGAAGCAGCGGCUGCUGGAGGAGCAAGAGAAGCUUCAGCAGCAAAUGGAUGCUCAGAAGGCGCAUAUCUUUCGUCUUACCCAAGGCCUUCAAGAUGCCUUAGACCAGACUGACCUGCUAAAAACUGAGAGAACUGAUCUGGAAUAUCAACUGGAAAACAUCCAGCUCCACCUGCAGGCUGUGUACUCCCAUGAGAAGGUGAAAAUGGAGGGGACGAUAACCCAGCAGACCAAGCUCAUAGACUUCCUCCAAACUCAAGCCCAUGGUGCUUCAAAGAAGAAAAAGGGACUUUUUGGACGUCGGCGUGAGGACCUGUUGGCUGCCAUGGCUGCUCAGGCGCAGGCCCAGGGGCAGAGUCAAGGCCAGGUCUCCCCCGUAUCCUCCAUCCAGCCGGUUCCCCUGCAGCACAGUGACAUGAAGAUGGCGCUGGACAAAGAGCGAACCCGCUGUUCCGAGCUUGAGGACGCGCUUCAGAAAAUGAGAGCGGAACUGCGAUCUUUGAGAGAGGAAGCGCUUCAAUACAAGGACCACAGCGGCUCCGCAAACACUCCAACAGCACGGCAACAGAUGAUGAUGUCCGCCAUGGUGAAGUCUCCCGAUCACCAGCAAGUCCCGCCGAGCCUGGUGCCUUCCAACUCAGGCCGCAGGAAGGAAGUUGCCACACCUGAGGAGAGAAGGAGGGUCACUUUUGAAAAAUAUAGCCGUCGCAUGAAAGACAGUCAGAGGGAAAGGGAGAGGGUGCACCACCACACCCCUCACCGCUUCACAGUGGGACUCAACAUGCGUGCUGCCAAGUGUACCGUGUGCUUGGAUACGGUGCACUUUGGUCGACAAGCCGCCACCUGUCUCGAAUGUCACGCCCUCUGCCAUCCCAAAUGCUCUCCGUGCCUUUCAGCGACGUGCGGCAUGUCGAGCGAUUGCUCCCUGCAUCUGUCCGACGGCUUGGGCCGGGAGAAAGGCAACUUAUCAGGCCAGCAGCUCAAAGACGCAAGUGGACACAUGCACUUGGAGGGAUGGAUGAAGCAGCCCAGAAAUGGAAAGCGAGGCCAAGGCUGGGAGAGGAAAUACAUGGUCCUUGAUGGAACAAAAGUGUCCAUCUAUGAAAUAGAACCCAGAGAAGAUUCGAUUAAACCACUGGAGGAGUUUGACCUGUGCAUGUCUGAUGGAGAGGUCGAAGUUCACGGAGCGGUAGGGGCCACGGAACUACCCAACACGGCCAAAUCAGAUGUUCCGUAUGUAAUGAAGCUGGAGUCCCGUUGUCACACCCCUUGCUGGCCUGGACAAUCCAUUUAUUUCAUGGCUCCCAGUUUCCCAGACAAGCAACGCUGGGUGGCAGUCAUGGAAUCGGUAGUGGCUGGGGGGCGAGUCUCUAGGGAGAAGGCUGAGGCUGACGCAGCUGCUGUGUCCAAAAGACAAAUGGUUCUAUCUCCUCUGGUUCAGAAACUCCUGGGAAACUCGCUUUUGAAACUUGAAGGAGACGACAGGCUUGAUAUCAACUGCACUCUUCCACUAACAGAUCAGAUAGUUCUGGUGGGCUCAGAGGAAGGUCUGUAUGCCCUCAACGUGAUCAAGAACUCCUUGACACACAUUCCUGGCCUGGGAUCAGUCUUUCAGAUCACCAUUAUUAAAGAGAUGGAAAAACUGCUGAUGAUUGUUGGGGACGAGAGAGCCUUGUGCCUGGUGGAGAUCAAGAGAGUGAAGCAGUCCUUGGCCCAGUGCCACCUGCCCAGCCAGGCCGAGCUGGCGCCGUACAUCUUCGAGACGGUGAAAGGAUGCCAUCUGUUUGCUGCUGGCAGAAUAGACAACGGGUCCUGCAUUUGUGCCGCAAUGCCGAACAAGAUCACCAUUCUCCGCUACAAUGACAAUCUCAGCAAAUACUGUAUUCGUAAGGAAAUUGAAACUUUGGAGCCUUGUAGCUGCAUCCACCUGACGAGCUACAGCAUCAUCCUCGGGACUAACAAGUUCUAUGAGAUCGAGAUGAAGCAGUUUGUACUUGAAGAGUUCCUGGACAAGAACGACAUGUCACUGGCCUCAGCGGUGUUUGCCGCCUCGUCCCACAGCUUCCCCAUCUCCAUCAUGCAGGUGGCCAGCAACAUACAGAAGGAGGAGUACCUACUGUGUUUUCACGAGUUUGGUGUGUUCGUGGACACAUAUGGACGGAGGAGCCGUACCGACGACAUCAAGUGGAGCCGCCUGCCUUUGUCCUUUGCGUACAGAGAGCCUUACCUUUUUGUCACGUACUUCAACUCACUGGACGUCAUCGAAGUUCAGGGACACUCCGCUUUGGGUCCUUCGGUGCUGGCUCACCUGGAUAUUCCCAGCCCUCGCUAUCUGGGCCCAGCUAUCUCUUCCGGAGCCAUUUAUCUGGCUUCGUCCUACCAGAACAAACUACGAGUCAUCUGCUGUAAGGGCAGUCUGAUCCGAGAGUCGGGGGAGCUGCAGAGGACCGGCUCCAGCAGAGGGAGCCCCACCAAGCGAGGUCCCCCCACCUACUCUGAGCACAUCACCAAGCGCUUGACCUCAGGCCCCGGCAGUCACGAGGGUCUGCACCGAGAACCCAGCACCCCUCACCGCUAUCGAGAGGGACGCACUGAGUUUCGACGAGAUAAGUCGCCGGCCCGCCCCUUGGACAGGGAGAAGUCGCCGGGGAGGGUGCUGGACAGCCGCAGGGAGAGAUCGCCGGGACGAUUCGGAGACAACAACCGACUCAUUGCCGGAUCUGUGCGGACACAGUUGGCUCCUGUUAACAAGGUGUGGGACCAGUCGUCGGUGUGA